AGGAGAGAGCUCAGAUCCAAACGCGCAGCCCAGUUCUGGGUCCCCCCCUCUUUUCUAAGCCAGCUGGUCUGGCUUAAUAGUUUCUCUUUCUUUUCACUUUCUUUCUUUUUAUUUUCUUUAAAAAAAACAACAGCAUUUUCUUGUUUGACACAAGGGAUUGACUGAGCAAAACCCACAGCUGGAGCUGGUGGGGAACCUUCCAGGUGAAGACAGAGCAAAAAGCACUGGUGCUGGACCGAGGACGGAGGACGGAGGACGGAGCAGAGACACUCGCCGAUGGACUGAGCCGAACCGCUGGACGGACGACACGCGGGGGGAAAGUCGCAGGGAGAACUUGCGGGACCGAGCGGAGAGGUGCCAGCCAGCAGUUUGGGAUUGAUAGUGAAAAAAAACGUGAGGAACCUUGAAGUCAAACAACGAAACCAGAGGAGCAGAAGUUUGUGAAAAAAAGGAAAAGCAACAGGAGAAAUAACGAAGAUGGGGAGAAAAAAGAUCCAGAUAGCCCGGAUUAUGGAUGAGCGAAACAGACAUGUCACGUUCACCAAGCGCAAGUUUGGUCUGAUGAAGAAAGCGUACGAGCUGAGCGUGUUGUGCGACUGCGAGAUCGCCCUCAUCAUCUUCAACAGCACCAACAAGCUGUUCCAGUACGCCAGCACCGACAUGGACAAAGUUCUGCUCAAAUACACCGAAUACAACGAGCCCCACGAGAGCAGGACGAACUCUGACAUCGUGGAUACGCUGCGUAAAAAGGGUUUAAACGGCUGCGACAGCCCCGACAUCGAGGCCGACGACUCUGCUGGCCAGAGCCCAGAGUCUGACGACAAGUACCGCAAAAUCAACGAAGACAUCGACCUGAUGAUCAACAGACAGAGGAUCUGCCAGGGUCUGCCUCCCUCCAACUAUGAUAUGGGAGUGUCCGUCCCAGGCAGCAAUGCCAGUGGACUGCUGUACUCCCACCCUGGCAUGGGGGGUGGUCUAAGUAACCACAAUCUGAUGCCCCUCUCACACACACACCACUCCCUGCAGAGAAACUGCAUGUCACCCCAGCGGCCCUCCAGCACUGGGAACGCAGGACUGAUGGGCUCCGAGCUGCCGAGCACUGUGGUCUCCAGUGUUGGAAAUGGCAGCUACAGCAACCACUGCACCUCCCCAGGGCUGCUGUCUCCAGGAGUCUCCAAGAACAUGCAGGAGAAGAGUCCUCCCCACCCCCAAAUGAGUAUGAGCCGUAAGCCCGACCUCCGGACACUGAUGCCCCCCUCCAACAAGUGCAACAACAUGCCAACUGUUAACCAGAGAAUAAAUCACUCUCAGACCGCGCAGACGCUGUCGACUCCUGCGGUCUCCAUCUCUGCUCCGACUCUCCCUGGACAGGGGAUGGGCGGUUAUCCAUCAACACUCACCUCUUCUUAUGGCACAGAUUUUUCCAUGUUUCCCUCAGAGUUCUCUCUUGGAACCGACCUGUCCUCUCUGUCUGGCUUCGGAGGAUGUGGUCUUGGAUCGGUGUCGAGCUGGCAGCAUCAGCAGAUACAGAAUCUGCAGCAUCCAGCGCUCGGACACAUGGGGAACUUUUGUCAGAACUCAAACCUAAACAUCACCUCCAGUCACCAGAACCUGCACAUCAAGUCCGAGCCCGCCUCUCCGCCCAGAGACCGGAGUAUGGUCGCCACAGGACUCGGACGAGGCUUGACCACGACUGGAUACUCCACCUCCAGCCGGGGUCCCAACGAGGCGGGCCGCUCCCCCGGGGACAGCGCGUCCAGCUGCGGGAGCUCGUAUGAAGGCAGCGAGGAGCGCGACGAUUAUCACGGCAACGACGGCUUCCUCCUCCAACCCCUGUCCAGUCAGGAGGAGCGCCACAGCCCGUCGGUCAAACGGAUGAGGCUAUCGGAGGGCUGGGCGACAUGAUGGGGGCCUGUCUACAACCACAAAGGAAGGGGUGUUAGUAAAGUUACCUUAUAGUGUUGUUAUCAUCAUCAUCAUCAUUAUUAUUAUUAUUAUUAUUAUUAUUAUUAUUAUUAUUAUUAUAAUUAUCAAAUUCUUCUUCGUACUGAGUGGGUGUGCUAUAUGUGUAAUGGUAACAUGUGGGGGGGGGGGGGUAGACAUGAUACAGUGAUGCUCUGCUGUAUUUACAACGUUGUAGAGCAACGACUCCUGGACAAUCAGAGCUGGUGAACAAAACUUGUAAGAAAUUAUCUUUAUGCUGAAUCUAAAUGUUAAAAGUUGUGACAAAAAUAUCUCGGACGAUUUAGGAGCUUUGACACCUUUUUUGAAAUUUGGGGAUUUUGUUGCAUCGCCGAACCAAUUCUCUUCUGAACAUCCCGAAGUAGAAAAAAAGGGAUUAAAGGGAUUUUUAAAAAGAUGGUGACAUCCGAAGCCGGAACAAAUGUCUACAGUCCUUUUAAGAAAGAGUUAGGUUAGCUUACCUUAGCAUAAAGACUGGAAACAGGGUUAAAAAGCUAGCCCUGCUCCGUCAGCACCUCCAUCAAACAUUAACAGAUCUCCUUUUAUCCAAAAGGAAAAAAUAACACAGUCACAGUGUAUUUCACUUUAAAAAGGAAAAUAUGUAUAUUGGAAAUGUGCAAUAAUAAAACAAAUCUAUAACAAAACUUGAAAAAAAGUUGAUAAUCAUCCAAUUGGUUACGUGAUGGAUUGAGCAUUAGUACAAUUAGGUGCGACUCACUUGGCUGCGCCAUGAAAUACAACAAUUCGGGUGAAGCUGAAACAGCAACAAUUAUUUAAACUUAUUCCAAAUUUCUAAACUGAUCAUCAUUUUUAUGCAUUUAUCAUACUGGGGAUGUUUUGGAACAAAUCCCCAAACAGCUGAAAUAAACCAAGAGUUCUCUUCUUGCCUGCUUUAUACUUUAAGUAAAGUGAGUGUUACUUUUUACUUUAUUUUUUUGGACACACACACACAAACUGUGUGACUAUUUCUUACAAGUUUUACACAAACAGUCUGGUGCAGGACGUCGUCUUAUACCAACGUGUACUGAAGUGGCUGGAAAGGCUGUUGGUGUACAUGCAAUGUUGGCUUCGUGUGUUGGAGGGCGGGGGGUUGAGUAAAUAACAAAUAUGUUAAAUGCACGUAUGUGCACAUGUAUGCAAACUAACAAAGGUAAAGUGAAUAAGUCUGGUACUCUGAACGGUGAAGCUACUUCACAGCACGUGGAUCAUCGGAGCCAUGAGAGCAGGCGUGUUGCAGGUUCAACAUAUGUGCGCGCGCACGGAAACACAGAGGCACAUUUCAAAUGUUCAAAGCAUGGAAGAUAAAGUCUGGCAAAUGAAAGAGGCAGAAAGAGAGAAAGCAUGAGUAGGUGCGGUAAAAGAGAGAGAGGAGGAAGACAGAACGAAUGGAGAGACAGAGGAGAGCGAUGGGGACUGAGGAUGUUUUUUUUGUGAGCGAUUAGAAACUUAUUUGCAACAGGUUGCAUAGAGGAGAAGCUUUGGACAAGUUUCAAAGUCUUAGGGAAGAAUUUUCAGAGCCUUGUUUAUAAAAAAAAAAAAAAAAGGAUUUUUUUGUUUUUUUUGUUAAUGCAAAUUGACCUACAUAAACCUAUGGAAGCAAAGAUCAUCAUUAAUCUAAAAAAGUAACCACUACGGAAUCAUUUUUAAAAAUGAAUGUAUUUGCACAUUAGCUACAACAAAUCAUAUAAUACCAACACGGUAGCAUUCACAUACUCGCUGGUGAAGGUGAGAUAUAGAAGAUAAAAGUAUAACGAAAGAACUCAACAGGAUCAUAUUACUGUAACAUUUCAUAUUGAGGGAUGGAAAACUGCCAAACAGGAGGAUUGAAAAAGUUAACAAUGAAUUCAUCUUUAAGAUGUUUCUUUUUCUACAUAAACAUAGAUAAGCGAGUCUUAAUGUUACAUUGAGUCAUUCAGUUUAAAUACAGCUUAUUAAAUAACUGCCAUCACAUUGAAUGUUGAUCCAUCUAUAUGGAUUCAUGUGGCUCCACGUUUUCCCUCGGAAAUUUCCUAGAUCAAUGUCAGAUGCUAAAAUUGAAGAUGAAAUACAAAAAAAUAUUGAAAGUGAGCGGUGAAGAAAAUGUCAUUAUUGAGUAUUUAUAUAGUGCUUACAUUUCACAAUUUAGUGAAUCCAUGUGCUUGAAAAAAAAAUGAAUGAUGGCCUCUCUUUGCUUCCAUACGCCACAAUCUGCAUCAUUUACCUUUCAGACCAAGUGGAUUCAUGUAUCAAGCGUCUGAACUGACCCGACUCGAGGGCUGAAUCAUGCACACAGACAGUUAGCUGUGUGCUAACAGUCACACUCCCAUCCACACUAAAAGCCAUAUUACAACUGGACAGUGAUGCCGUGCUGCACAAAGUUUAUUGUAUGAUGUUUUAAAGCUUCCUUCCUAAUAUCGAAUUGAUAUUUUUGGAUGUCCGCAGCUCUAUUUAUAUAUAUGAGGAGAAAAAAAAGCCUAGUUGGGAACCAUUUUCUAACAAACAUUCAGGGAGAUUUUAAGUCUGUUGUAAAGUUAAGUCAAACCCCCCCCCCCCUUUUUUAAAAUCUGAUGCUGAGCUGGUGUCAGAGCCGACGUCAUCUCAGAGAGUUUCCUGUCGAUGGAGCUCUACAAGGGUAUGGAGGACAUUUAGGAAUAAUUUGUGCCCCGUACCUAAAACUCGGUUCUGACACCAGCCACAGUCAGAGCCAGGGCUCUGAGAUCCCCUUUUUCCUCCUUGUCUUUUCUUUCCUUGUAUUUUAUUUUUUUUAACUUUUACAGAGACCGUGAGUUGGCUAAGGGGGUUGUUCACAUUUGAAUAUUUUGGUUGAAGAAGUGUAUAUUUCGAGCUCGAACCUUCAGCCACAGGUCGGCGCUGCCUGUUGCCCCCCCCCCCCGUUUACUGUAAACCCAGUGACUCAAUUCGCUCAUGCAAAUCCCUGUAGCUGUUCUAGUUUCGAAAGACGCUGCUGUUUAGUUACAAACUAAUUAACAAAUGUCUUGUUUUAAAAUAUAUAUAUAUAUAUAUAAAAAAAUAAACAAGGGCAGAGCCCAGAUGUAUUUUCUCCUGCACUCCUUUUUUUCUUUUUAUGACGACUGUAGUCGCCGGGUUGGUUGGCCUCCGGCUCAGGUUCACUGCACCACACCAGCAUCACAGAGCCGACCGACGGACUGGAGGGGGCCCGGGGGGGGCGGGGGGCUCCGGUGUGGGGGGGGGGUGUCCUUCCCCUGGCUCCAGGCGGAGUCGCCCGGUGCGGAGGAGAGCUCGAAAAGAAGAAGCGACGGAGUGAAAACUAACCAAAGUGUGAAAUGCCCUGUCCUCUGUACUGCAAACGUACACUCUGGGCUGCAAUCCCCCCCCCCCCCCCCCCCCCCCCCACGCAUACGAGUGCUUGGGUAACUGCAAGUAAAAUAACCUAAGGGAUUGUUUUGCGGCAUAAGCUGGCCUUUGUCGCCACUUGGAGACAAUGAUUCUCGGAAGAGAAAUAAAGCGCACCUCUGUCGUUGCAGGGUCGUGUGCGGCACUUGUCUCGCGCAGAAAUGUGGUAGUAUUUGUAUUUUGCUGGGUGGGAGAGAAACAAACUUUCAAUAUACAGGCUCUGUUACGAA